UACAUUGAUGUUUCUGAUCAUCAGUGAAAUACGUAUUAGGUUUAGCACAGGGAUAUUUCUGAUACAAAACUCAAAAACUAUCUUGGAAUCCAAACAGUGAUACCUCUGCUUGCUGCUGGCUUUGACAGCUCCUGCCGGCUAUACAUAGACCACAGAUUUAUGCAGUUGGCUAUGUGCGAUGAUCAGUUGACCCUGUUCUACUAAAGGCAUCUUUGAUCUUCUCACAAUCAGCAUUUUCUUCGCCCUCCUCCUACCACAAACAUCCUUGAAGUAUUUUAGAAGCAGUGUUGUUAAUAAGCCCACAAACCUUGAACCACGCUGCUUUUGUCAGGGAGAGGUCAUAAAGAGAAAAGAAUACCACCAACACAGGUGGUCCGGGGGAAGGGGGGGAAGUGUUGGCAUGUGGAGGUCUUUUAUCCCAUGGAUCAGACUUUUAAUGGGGGCCGUCACUGUAACCAAGCGAGGAGCAGGGCAGAGAGGAGAUGUGUCUUAGGUCUAAUGAGAGCACAUUGGAAUCUGUCACUGGGUAGGCUAGUAUGUGUCUGUCCAAGGUUACCAAGCUGGUGUAGAGCAAAUCAGGCAACUUAUAUUUAGCCUUGCAAAUGGCGCUCUGUGGAUUAUGUCUUGGUGCUAUCCGGUUUCGUCUUCAGUGCGUUUUGCAGCGUGAAGGGGGGCUGUGGAUCAUGAAGAGGCUGCUACUCAGGUGAGGAGCAGGUUCACUUCAUGUUCUGAGACCAGCUCUCCUUCCACUUUUUCUAAUUCCCCCCCCCUGCUCGUUUGCCUCCUCUUUUGAAUACAUACACUCAUUCUAGGGGGCAAAAGUGUUUAUGGUCUCACAUACUUCUUCUGGAGGUGGAGGGCUAUUCAGAGAGUCCGAAAGGCACCACAGAAGACAAGCUUGAGUUGGGCUGACAGUUGCACUGAGGGGGAGCAGGGAGUUGCUUCUCAUACCAGAGGACAGCCAGCGUGCUUGGACAUAACAGAGAAUAUUUCACAAGCCUACUGACAUUUGGGAUUUAACAGUAACAUGGAUGUACUCGCCUUAGAGGCAAAGACUGGAAAUGCAGGAGAUUCUGAUAAGAAGUCUUCCUCGAGGCCAAAACCAAAACCUCCAAAAAAGGCCAAAAGGAUUGUUUAUUUUGAGGUGGAGAUUGUGGACCUAAAGACUAAAGAGAAACUGCUGCUGCUCGAUAAGGUGGAGCCAACUGCCACUGUUCUGGAUAUAAAAGCUUUGUUUCACAAAUCAUAUCCAAAGUGGUAUCCAGCCAGACAAUCCCUGCGUUUGGAUGCAAAGGGCAAGUGUCUCAGGGAUGAGGAAAUUCUGCAGACGCUUCCGGUGGGAACCACAGCCAGCUUUUACUUCAGUGACCUCGGACCCCAGCUCACAUGGGGAACUGUGUUCCUGACAGAGUGUGUUGGCCCACUGAUCAUCUACUUAAUGUUCUACUUCCACCUUCCCUUCAUCUACUCCCCCAAAUAUGACUUCACCAGCAGCAAGCACUGGGUCGUACACUUGGCCUGCAUGUGUCACUCCUUCCACUACAUCAAGAGGAUCCUGGAGACCAUGUUUGUCCAUCGUAUCUCCCAUGGGACCAUGCCCCUCAGAAACAUAUUUAAGAACUGUGGCUAUUACUGGUGCACCGCAGCUUGGAUGGCGUACUACAUUAACCACCCUCUCUACACCACUCCCUAUUAUGGGCAGCAGCAGGUGAAUACAGGACUUUAUAUUUUCUUGUUCUGUCAAGUAGGAAACUUUUCCAUCCAUGUGGCUCUUCGUAACCUCAAACAACCAGGUUCAAAAACAAAGAAGAUUCCUUACCCGACGAAAAAUCCCUUCACAUGGAUGUUUUGGCUGGUCUCUUGUCCAAACUACACAUAUGAGCUGGGCUCCUGGAUCGGCUUCACGUUGAUGACCCAGUGUGUGCCUGUGGCUUUCUUCACCAUUGUGGGCUUCAUCCAGAUGACAGUGUGGGCCAAAGGCAAACACUACGGCUACCUAAAGGAGUACAGAGAUUAUCCCACCCUGCGCUCCUCCAUACUCCCCUUCAUCCUCUAAAGCCUGCCAGAGAAAACAUCAGGUUCUACCCACAACCACCCCUCUCUGAUGGGCUAAUUUUUGAAGGCCUUUCCAUCCACUGGAUAUCAGAAAGUGUCUUCUGAGGUCGGAAGGAUUUUGGUCAUUUGGACUCCAUUUUACUUAAUCCAAAAAGGCUGUUAUGGUUAUUCUGAGUGUUCAAACGGUGAAUGCAGGACUGUGAGAGGCAAUAGAAGCCAUCCGAGUUAAAUGCAACAAAGUCUUAAUUUAAUGUUGAAUGUGAUCUUGACAAGAGGAUGAAACAUUUGUUUUGCUACUUUGGUAAGUUUUAACAUGUUUGAUGUGCUGUUUCAUUUUAUUGUAAGAAUAACAACCUGAUCAGUGGAGUUUCCCACAGAGCUAAUCUGCAUUGUCAAACUAGUGUGCAGCCUGGAGCUGACAACUUUGUGGCCUCAUGCAGAGUUCUGCUGUUUCAAGUGACCUUUACACUAGAGCUAUCUGGUCCAGAAAAUGUAUGCCAAUUACCACAUUUCCACCAUGGUUGAAGAUACAACUUUAUUUCAGUAAAAGGAACAAGUGCAUAUCUCAUUUAGUAAGAAAACUCUGAUGACAGAUGAUUAUAAUGUUCAUUAAGAAGUAGUGAAAAGAAAAGUGACUGUCAUUAAAUUAUCUUCAUAGUUUGACUUAAUAUUAAGUUGCUGCACCUUUCUUUUAUUUUUGAACUGAUCUAAAGAGUUUCCAAAAUACAUGACUUAAACUUUGUAUGGUGGUGCUUUCCAAGAUUGGAUAAGGUCAUUGAAAACACAUCCUAAAUAGUUUACUUUGCAAUUCCAUUUUCACUGAAUGUGCAUGACACAGAGCGCUGCGCCGACUGAACCUUCAAAUAAAAUGAGGAACUUUUAUUUUAUUGUA